GCCGUGCCCGCGAGCCGCCAGCAUGACGGGCCGCGUGUGCCGCGGCUGCGGCGGCACGGACAUCGAGCUAGACUCGGCGCGCGGCGACGCCGUGUGCACCGGCUGCGGCUCGGUGCUCGAGGACAACAUCAUCGUGUCCGAGGUGCAGUUCGUGGAGAACAGCGGCGGCGGCUCGUCGGCCGUGGGCCAGUUCGUGUCUCUGGACGGUGCUGGCAAAACCCCAACCCUGGGCGGCGGCUUCCACGUGAACCUGGGAAAAGAGUCGAGAGCACAGACCCUGCAGAACGGCCGGCGGCACAUCCACCACCUGGGGAACCAGCUGCAGCUGAACCAGCACUGCCUGGACACAGCCUUCAACUUCUUCAAGAUGGCCGUGAGCAAGCACCUGACCCGCGGCCGCAAGAUGGCUCACGUGAUCGCGGCCUGCCUCUACCUCGUGUGCCGGACGGAGGGCACUCCGCACAUGCUCCUGGACCUCAGUGACCUGCUCCAGGUGAACGUGUACGUGCUUGGGAAGACAUUCCUCCUUCUGGCGAGAGAGCUGUGCAUCAACGCACCGGCAAUAGACCCCUGCCUGUACAUCCCACGCUUUGCCCACCUGCUGGAGUUCGGCGACAGGAACCACGAGGUGUCCAUGACGGCCCUGAGGCUCCUGCAGAGGAUGAAGAGGGACUGGAUGCACACGGGCCGGCGUCCCUCGGGCCUCUGUGGGGCAGCACUUCUGGUGGCAGCCAGGAUGCACGAUUUCCGAAGAACGGUCAAAGAGGUCAUCAGCGUAGUCAAGGUGUGCGAGUCCACGUUGCGGAAGAGGCUCACGGAAUUUGAAGACACCCCCACUAGUCAGCUGACUGUGGACGAGUUUAUGAAGAUUGAUUUGGAAGAAGAGUGCGACCCCCCAUCGUACACAGCUGGGCAGAGGAAGCUGCGCGUGAAGCAGCUUGAACAAGUCCUAUCGAAGAAACUGGAGGAAGUUGAAGGUGAAAUAUCCAGCUACCAAGACGCGAUUGAGAUUGAACUAGAGAACAGCCGGCCCAAGGCCAAGGGAGCCCUGGCCAGCCUGGCACGAGACGGCACAGGUGAUGACCCACCCCCUGCAGUGCGUGGUGUGCCAGGCUCGUGGACGUCACUUCCCAUCACGGCCACAGAACACCCGUCUGCAUCUCCUGCGUCUGGCUCCAUCGAGGACACCACGGCCAGCUUGUUUGGUGAAGAGGACGCCGAGGAUGAGGAGCUGGAGGCCGCUGCCAGCCACCUGAACAAGGACUUCUACCGGGAGCUUCUUGGUGGCAGCAGCUUGGAGGCGGCGGGCAGCCCUGAUGUGGGUGGCAGGUCUCCCGCCCUAGAGUCCCUGCUCGGCCCCAUGCCCACGGCGGCCAGCCUGGGCAUCUCAGACUCCAUCCGAGAGUGCAUCUCCUCCCAGAGCCGGGACCCCAAAGACACUUCUGGGGACGGCGAGCUAGACCUCAGCGGCAUUGACGACCUGGAGAUUGACAGGUACAUCCUGAACGAGGCGGAAGCCCGCGUGAAGGCGGAGCUGUGGAUGCGGGAGAAUGCGGAGUACCUGCGGGAGCAGAGGGAGAAGGAAGCCAGAAUCGCAAAGGAGAAGGAGCUGGGCAUCUACAAGGAGCACAAGCCCAGAAAGUCGUGCAAGCGCCGGGAGCCUAUCCAGGCCCGCACGGCCGGGGAGGCCAUUGAGAAGAUGCUGGAGCACAAACGCAUCUCCAGCAAGAUCAACUACAACGUGCUCAGGGGCCUGGACAGCACGGGUACCAGCCACCCACAGCGGGAGGUCGUGCCACCCAAGGACAGCGCCGGCCCCAGGAAGCUGCCGCGCAGAAAGGUGCCAGCCCGCAGGAGCAGGGCGGACCCCGUGACCAGCCUGGGGAAAAGGUUGAGGCCGAUGGUGUCCAUGCAGCCAGCUAAGAAGGCAGCCGUGGCGGAGCGUGUCCCAGAGCCUGGCCCCCUCGCUCGCAGGCCCUGCUCCCCCGCCCCCCCGCCCUGGGAGCUGAGCCCGCGAGGCCCACGGUGGUGGUGGUGGAGAGCGGACCCGUGUCGUACCACGCCGCCGAGGAGGACGGCGAGGACGAGGAACCCGACGAGGAGGACGGCGAGCCCUGCGUCAGCGCCCUGCAGAUGCUGGGUGGCGACGAUUACGGCUGUGAUGGUGACGAUGACGAUGGGUACUGAGGUGUGACCUCGCGGCUGGCUAGUGUCCUGCUGGUGUCCCGCUGUCUCAUUGGGGAUCAGACGGGGCCUCUCGGGCUGGAGCCCCCAGGUGUGAGCGCCGAGACUCUUGGUGACGAGAGGGCGCUGCCCAGUGUUCUCCACAGUCCUCGUCCCACAGCCACGUGUGGCAUCUAUGGCAUUUGCUGUGGGACCAUGUUCUGAGCAACGUAAGGCGUGUUUCUCCCCAGCACAGGAGACUGGACCGAUGGCUGCAUGUGACUGGUCAGACGGGGUCUCGUGGCCCAAGAACCUUCACAGGUGGGACUGUUGUGUCCCUUGUGAGCACACCGAGGCCUAGGGAGGCCCAGCUGCGCGUCCAGGCGAGUGGAGGGCAGGCAACAGGGUCCCACUCUCGGCCCCUCCCCAUCUUGCUGUCACGGAGAGAGAAGCACUUUGUGUCCAGCCCAUCCCUCUGUGGGUCUGGCUGUCCUGUGCCUCCAGUGACAGUCCCCAGCCAGACCCAGGCCUUCCUGUCGCUGCCUGGGCCCGGAGACCACAAGGACCAGAGCUCAGGAGCCUUGGGGCUGCCUGGGUGACAUCGUCACAGCUUGAGCCAGGACAGCUGUGCGCGCUUCGUGUCUGAGCUAGCAUCUGGCCAGCACCCCGAAGGGAAGGUAGGCGGGGUCCUCGAGCCCGCCACAUGCUGUAGAUGGUCCCCAUCCCCUGGACCCUCGUGGGGGCCCGGUCUUGUCAUCAGAGACCCAGAGACCACUGUGAUGGUCUCAGCUUGGGCAUCAUGGCUCUGGACAUGGCCAGGGAGGGCAGGCAGGUGCUUCUGCCCCUCAAGGCCCUGGUCUUGGCUCCACCCCACGCCCCCAGGAGAGGACGACCACGGCGGCAGAGCCCCGCACACUCCUUGGUGGGCCCCACACUCUGUCUCCAGGGGCGGGCUGGGGCCCCUCCCAGAGGGCAGCAGAGUCUGCAGGUCGGGACUUGGAGGUUGUGUGUCUGCGCCCCUUGGCCUGCCCCUGCAGCCAGCCGGCCCCUGGGCCUUCUGGGAGGCAGGUGGGAAUGGGUUCUGUGGACAAGAAGGUCUGUUACUUGAGCAGAAA